AUGGAUGUCGUGCUCGAUAUCGCCGACACCUUUGUCUUCGAUCGAGUAUAUGCCUCGGUCCUGCCAGGCGGGAAUAGUACCUCCGAGUUUGAUAUUCCAGUCCUCCUCAACCAACAUGUCGGUCGUUACUAUCCGCUCCAACCUUCUCAAUGGGCGGAUGCUAGCAGUUGGAAGCGAGAUCACCUUCCAAGACAAGCAACGACCCUAUUUUUCAUCGGAUGGGCUUUCGCCAUGGCCAUAUACUUCAUCGGCAGCACUGUUUUCUACCACACAUGGUGGGACAAGUCCCUCCUCAAACACCCCAAGUUCCUAAAGAACCAAAUCCGUCUGGAAAUAGAGCAAGCCCUCUUCUCCAUCCCGAUCAUGUCUAUCCUCACAGUUCCCUUCUUCCUGGCCGAGGUCCGGGGCUGGUCUAAGCUGUACGAUCUCCCCAGCGAAGCUCCCUUUCCUGCGUACAACUGGCUCCAGUAUCUAUUCUUCCUGGCGUUCACGGAUACGGGAAUCUACUGGAUUCAUCGAUAUGAGCAUCACCCAUUGGUAUAUCGCUGGUUGCACAAGAGGCAUCAUAAGUGGCUGGUGCCGUCACCCUUUGCGAGUUUUGCCUUUAAUCCGGUUGAUGGAUGGGCCCAGAGCGUCCCGUACCACGUAUUCCCGUUGCUGUUUCCGUUGCAGAAGGGUGCGUAUAUAGGGCUGUUCAUCAUCGUGACACUGUGGACGGUUCUGAUUCACGACGCGGACUGCCUUUCUCAUUCCGCCAUUAUUAAUGGCCCCGAAUGCCACACCGUGCAUCAUCUGUUCUUCAACUAUAAUUACGGGCAGUUCACAACAUUCUGGGAUCGCGUGGGGGGAACUUAUCGAAAAGCCCGCGGGGAUGAGCUCAAAAUGGUCAAGAACCAGUAG